AUGGAGAAUUUUAAACUUGAAUAAAUCGAAGAUUAUAUAUCAGUUAUGGAAAUCAAGAAAGAAGAUAGUAAAAAAAAGGGUUAACUAAAGUAAACUUAAUAGUUGAUUGAAAAGAUUGAUGAUUUGAAUUCUAUUUCUAUCAUCUAUAAAUCCAUAAAAUAAGCUGAAUAAUACGAUGCAGAAUUAUAAAUGGUAGAGUUUUAAUAAAAACUAUAACUUGAAGAAUUUGAUGAAGCUUGGGAAGAUCUUUACAAAAUUGAAUAAGACAGAAUUAAGGAAGCUGAAAAUACUAUCUACUCACUCCAUUUCAAGGAAAUGGAAUAAUUAUAAAAAUAAUUGCAGGAGUAAUCUAUUCCAAAAAUUAAGUUUUCUUCAGAUAUCAUUUAAAAAUAAGCCUUGUAUAAUCAGUUAUUCAGAGCUGGGCAUUAUGCCGAUGCAGAUCUAGUUCAAAAAAAAUUGUAAGAAUAGAUUGAUAUAGAAAAUUAAAAAUGGGAAAAAUAACAUGUUGAGAAAAUAGAGAAUAAGUUAAAUUAAUUAACCAAAAAAUAAAUUAAUGAGUUACAAGUCCUAAAAUAGAAACUUAAUAGUUAGAUCUAAUAAUUCAUUAUAAAUAGAGAUAAUUAAAAACAAUUAUUAAUAAAUAAGUUGUAAAUAAUUAAAGUUGAGAAGGAACAAAAAAUAAAUUAAGAUAUUAGCAAGAUGAAUCAAUAAGUUAACAAAUUAUUAUAAAAAUUGUCGCAGCAAUAAUGA